CCACGGGGCGGGGGGCGCACCUUGGCCCCGGGCCCUGGCAGCCCGGAGAGGUCAGUGCGCGCUGGGAACAGCAUCUUGAGAGCUGGAGGACUUAUUCCGGAUGCGGGAGUCUGGAUGGCGGCGGAGAGGAGAGUUCCGUGGCCAGCUUCCCAAGAAAGCUGAACUCUUCCCAAGUUUGCUGUGCAUCGGCUUCCACCCGGCGGCUCGCUGGCGGGCUCGUCCCGUGCGGGUGGUCUUGGGGCGCGGGAGGGACGCCGCGGUGAUUGGAUUAGUCCGCCUGGGCGGCGGCCCAUUCUACCCGCAUCGCGCAGCGAAGUGGGUGCAGUUUUCGCCGGAGAAAGGGCGGGCAAGACCAGCUUGGCGUCGCUUCCCGGGUCGACCCCGAGGCCCCGCGAUGGAGGGAGACAGCGAAGUGGACUUCUCUAGGGGCAGCCUAACCCCUUUGUGGCGGAGACGGUCGACCCCUCCGCCCCAGCUGCUGGCCUGGAGCAAGCCGAGACCCCAGUCCUACCAGAGCCCCAGUGGGCUGCUGAUUACGGACUUCCCGGUGGAGGACCGCGGGGCGCCCGCUGCGGCUCAGGCGUCCCCCGCCCUGGUGCCCCCCGCCCCGGACGGCAGGACGGUGCAGAGGAGCCCGCUGCUUCUGUGCGCCCAUCGGAGGGCGGUGGCCAACGGUCGGACAGUCUCUCCGGAGUACAGAGCUGCCUCUCCUCUGCUCCGACGGUCCAAGUCACCCCAGGUCCCCAAAGCGGCGUCGGGCGGCCCCUCGAAAUCCCCAGCGAAUGGCACGGUGACCUCGCUUGCGCUGCCGCCGCCGCCACCGCCAGCGCGCUCCGCACGGACUCCUAACGCUCCCGCCCCCUGCGCCCCCGAGGAGGAUCCCACGCGGUCCACUGCCAGCCGGGUGCCCUCUCCCACGACCAAUGGCCUUGCCCCUAAAAGCGACUCUCCCCGCCCCGGUUCUCAAUAUGGUCAGACGGCUAAGGACCCCGAACGGGGACCCCCCAGACUCUCUCCCGCGCCUCAGCAAAGGUCUUCACAACAAAAACUCCCGCUCCAAAGGCUGCCCUCCCAGGAGAACGAGCUCCCCGAGAAUCCUUCCGUGGUUUUGAGUACACACAGCCCCGCCGCCCUCAAAGUGGGGAAGCAGCAGAUCAUUCCUAAGAGCCUGGCCUCGGAAAUUAAGCUGAGUAAAUCCAAUAGUCAGAAUGGGGAGCUCCACAAGAGACUCUUCAAGGUGCGCAGCGUGGUGGAGGGCCUCGGAGCACCCUUGGGCCACGCAGGGGACGAGGGCGAGGUCGAGAACGACAUGGAUAGCCCCGGCUCCCUGCGGAGGGGCUUGCGGUCCACGUCCUACCGCAGGGCAGUGGUCAGUGGCUUUGAUUUUGACAGCCCGACUAGCUCUAAGAAGAAGAACAGGUUGUCCCAGCCUGUGCUGAAGGCAGUGGUGGAAGACAAGGAGAAGUUCUCCAGUCUGGGAAGGAUGAAGAAAAAAAUGCUGAAAGGACAGGGAACAUUUGGCGGGGAAGAGAAUGCAGUCCUGUACCAAAACUACAAAGAAAAGGCCCUUGACAUUGACUCUGAUGAAGAAUCAGAGCCCAAAGAACAGAAGUCAGAAGAAAAAAUUGUGAUUCACCAUGAGCCACUGAGGUCCACAUGGAGCCAGCUCUCUGCAGUGAAAAGAAAUGGGUUGUCCCAGAUGGUAAGCCAGGAGGAAAGAAAGAGACAAGAGGCAAUCUUUGAAGUCAUAUCCUCUGAACAUUCAUAUUUACUCAGCUUGGAAAUCUUGAUACGAAUGUUUAAGGAUUCUAAAGAACUGAGCGAUACAAUGACUAAAACCGAGAGGCACCAUCUUUUCUCCAAUAUUACAGAUGUCUGUGAAGCAAGCAAAAAGUAAGUGUGCUUCAGUGCCGUUGGUAGAGCCAAGAUGCUGCUUACUAAUGGACACCUGUGUUAU